GACUAUCUGUGGUUUUUUCGUAUUUGUAAUUGUUUUUUUUUCCUGAUUUUUUAUUGUGGUACUAUUAAUCUUUUUUUUUUUGUUUUUUUUGGGAGGAAUGGUACUUAUUAUGGUUUUCAGAAUUGAGGUUUUUUUUUAUUAUUUUUUGUCAAGUUGUGUCUGUUAGAUUUAGAUGAGUGAGUAAGGUGAGAUUUCUGUUUUUGAUGUGGAAAUAAGGUUGUUGAGAAAAAACAAGGAUUCAGAGUGAUGUUGUUGUGUGAUGUUGCUAAGCAUCUAUAGUUGCUGUGUACUAAUGUUGUUGAGCAUCUAUAGUGUUGUGUGAUGGCUUCCUGUGUGUUGAGCAUCUAUAGAGUUGUACAUGAUAAUCAUGUAGUCCAAUAUGAUUUAUUAUAACAUGAGUUAAUUACAAGCAUUUUAAGAAAACGUUUUAAGAUUUAUUGUAGUCCAAUAUGAUAAUCAUGUAGUCCAAUAUGAUUCAUCUAGUUGCUUCUACUCAGGUUAAUCUGUCAAUGUAUGGUUUAACAGAAUUGAGUAAUAUUCGUCAGCUGGAAUUUGGUUUAACAGUAACUUGUGUGGCUGUGUACAUCAUCUUUUGGACUCAUUUUCAGUAAUACUUGCCUAAGGUACUGCAAGGCUCACAGAGUGAUUAUAUGGUGUAGUUGUACCAAUAGUUUUUUUUAUUUCACUUGCUUGUCUAAGAUUUUAUGAUUGUGUAUUUGUGUGACGUGGAAAAGUUUUUGUCCUGUUUGUUUCUAAUAGACAUAUGUCCUAGAUGUUCACCCUUUCAACCCUCAUAUAGCUAUGACUCAUUCUUGUUAUUUGUGUAUACAUGAUUGAACUUAUUUGUUUUUUUUUCAUUUGUAGGAGUGUAUGGAAUCUGGAAGUAGUGGGAAUAUGGAAGACUCAUCGGCUACAAGUCAAGCUCCUCCAAUUCCAUGUCCUCCUCCCGAGCCUUGGGAGUAUGACCCUUGUCCAAUGACGGAAAAUAAUGACCCCUUUGACCAGCAAAAUCAAUCAACCCAACCUUCUGAACCUGCUGAUGCUGCUUCCCCCUUAAGUGAAACUUCAAAAAAAUCUAGAAAAAGGCGCUCUCCUCAUUGGGAGCAUUUUAUAAAGAAGGAUGGAGAAAACAAGGCUGAAUGUAUCUAUUGUCAUACAUUCAUUGGUUGUGCAUCACUUCAAGGUACCUCCGGCAUGAAGAACCACAUAAAGCGGUGUAAGGAAUACCCCCCAAACAUUGAUCAAAAUCAGCAACUAUUGUCCCUUAGUCAACAAACUCUUGAUGGGAAUCUCGUGGAUCAAAAAAAAGGUAGACUUGAGCUGUGGAAAUUCAAUCAAGAAGAUAGUAGGAGAGCUCUGGCAAAGAUGGUGAUCAUGGAUGAAAUGUCUUUUAGAACGGUGGAGCAUGAAGGUUUUCGCAACUUUAUGAAGGAAGUAGAAGAUAUGGAUUCUGAUGUAGAUGUUGCGGAAUUAGAGUUUGAAAGGCAGGUGGGUUCAUGUGUUGGAGUACAAGGGAAAAAUGAGUUGGCCAAGUAUUUAGAAGAUGAUAGAGAAGUUAAUCCCGCCGGAAAAAGCUUUGAUUGUUUGGGGUGGUGGAAAAAAUAUGGUGAAAGGUAUCCAACAAUAGCUCUCAUGGCUAGAGAUGUACUUGCCAUUCCCGUAUCAACAGUCGCUUCCGAAUCAGCUUUUAGCACCGGUGGUCGAGUGCUUGAUUCAUUUCGCAGCUCACUCUCAACUAAGAUGGUUGAAGCCUUGAUUUGUGCACAAGAUUGGUUACGUACAUCUCAAGGUCCUCUUAUACUUGAGGAGAGACUUGAAGAUAUGGAAAAAAUUGAAUCAGAAAUGUUACCUCUUGGUGAGGAACACUCUCUCUUUGUUGAUGAUGAUUAAUUGAUUAGAGGCAGCAACUUAUAAUCAUGAAGGUUGGUGGUGAUUGUAUUGAAGGCCGGAAGUCAUUGAAGGCUUGGAGUAUUUUAUGAAAUAUGAUUACUAUGGACUGUUUUUGUUUUAAAACUAUAAACUAUGGACUUUUUUUUUUGUUAUGUAUUGGUUUAUUAUUGUUAACUAUGGACUUUUUUUUUUAAAGAAACAGUAUGUUUGUAUCAAGUAUUUGUUCAUUUGUAAUCGGGUUGAGUGUUGUGUUAUAUGUGUAUUCAGGUUUAAAUAUCAGCCUAUUAGGCUGUUAUUUGUUACAAAAAAAAUCAUAGUACUAAUAACAAUAAUUAAUACUAGAAAAACAGGUGGAAGUUUGGACAAAAAUAUUAUUAAGCAGGUGGGUACAAGGAGGAGUUCAGGCAGCCAAGUAGGAGAGGUGAGGAGGCAUCAGCCUCAAGGACAGGGACUGGUAGGUUGCCAAAGCGGAAGACAGCGAUAGUUGUAAUUAUUUUUGUUAUUUGUGUAUUUAAGUUCAAUUGUUAUAGUUCAAAAAAUAGGAAGUAAAAAAAAAA